AAUUAACGUACAAAUGUCAUCUUAUACGAAUAUUAUGAAUUCAAGAAAGAAGAGCAGUACUAAAGGUAAAGAGAACCACUUCUUACAAAGCGCGACCAAAAGCCUAGCUAAAACUGGAUAUUUGAGCCAAUAUUUUACAAAGCAGCCAUUGAGUGUGACAAACAGGGAAGCUCCACAUUUAAUAUCCCAUGGGUCCUUAGAAAAAUUUGAAAAAUAUGACCAGAAAGACCAGAUUAUUAAAUAAACUUCUUAAAAAACUCACUAAAGAGAAGGUCAAAAAUCAGAAAUUUCAAAGGAAAAUCAUGGAAUAUGAAUCCCAGAUCGAAACCCUCCAAGAGAUCAUCAGGAAGAGGACUUCUGGGAACAAGAGCGGAGCAAGUUCCACUAGGAGUAAGAGCAAGAGCAUGUGCAUGUGCAAAAGCCGGACUGCCAGAUCAAGUACCUCCAAACUUGGUAGAAAAAGAAGGAAUCAUUCCAGAUGUUCAGGUGUUAACUGCUCUAAAUCUCAUUCUAACUUUAAUGAACUUACUGAGAGUACUGAGUUUCUGCAGAAACCAAAGAGGAAAGGAAGUAAGAAGAGUAUAACUAAAAAGUCAGUUUACUUCAACACGUAUGAAGCAGGGGACGAAUAUUUCACAACAAACCAAAAUGAUUUCAAAUUAUCAGAGUUAGGGUUCAUAAACAAUAAUAUAUCUGAGAUUUCACUACGUAGUUCUCGUGAUACUUAUAAUUCAAUUGCUUUCGAGACUGCUAAAUUCCAGGGAGAUCCGGCUUCGACUCUGAGGCCCUCUACUUCAGUAUCCAAUAAUAUGCUGGGACUAAGCAAGCAAAGUCUUAUUACUUUGAGCAAAGAUCUUGACAGAGGUAUUCCUGUAAAUGGGGAAUGAAUUUUGAAUGCACCACAACAUAAAAGGAUUCAGAGUGCUUCUUCAUCUGUGAUUUCUACAGCAAAGCAUAACAUAAUGAAACUCCAAUCAAAAAGUACUCAAAAAUCUCAUUUUGGCAAAAAGUCAGAUUUGCCUUGGAAAAAGUUACCUAAAAAUACUCGAAAUUAUGCUUAA